GAGUAAGCGAACCUUUUAGUCAAUGCAAAGGGCAGUAAAGCUGUCACGACAGAAAUAAAAGUAUUAUUGUUGCAAAUUAAUCGUUUACGCGCUGUUUACGAAGAGUCGUUAUGAUUCUGUCGUCACUGUCUUUAGUCAUUUUCUUAUUUCCCUGUGGGCAAGCUGUUUUGCCUCUAGUCAUCAACACUUGGCGCUUUGAGGACGCUAAUGCUGCAGCAUGGAGGUCUCUGAAACUGGGGGGCUCUCCACUGGAUGCUGUUGAAAGGGGGUGCACACAGUGCGAGGAGGAGCAGUGUGAUGGCAGCGUAGGCUAUGGGGGGAGUCCAGAUGAGAGAGGAGAAACUACACUGGACGCCAUGAUUAUGAACGGAGAUACUAUGGAGGUAGGAGCUGUGGGAGACCUUCGGCGAAUCAAGAAUGCAGUGGGAGUGGCUAGAACUGUCAUGGAGCACACAGACCAUACUUUAUUGGUGGGCGAGUCAGCUUCUGAGUUUGCAGAAAGUAUGGGUUUCAAAGCUGAGGACCUGACUACCAACAAGUCAAUGAGUAUUUUCACCCAAUGGUUGCAAAAGGGCUGCCAACCCAACUACAGAAAAAAUGUUUCUCCAGAUCCUUCCACGUCCUGUGGACCAUACAAGCCAGAGACUUCUCCGCAGCUUAAACUCAGGCAAAGGCAACUAGACCUCAGGGCGCACGAUACCAUUGGGAUGAUUGUGAUUGGUCAGAAUGGACAGGUCGCUGCUGGAACGUCAACCAAUGGAGCAACCCAUAAAAUUCCAGGUCGUGUGGGGGAUUCUCCCAUUGCUGGGGCAGGAGCUUACGCUGACUCCACUGCUGGUGGCGCUGCUGCCACGGGCGACGGUGACAUUAUGAUGCGUUUCCUGCCUAGCUAUUUAGCGGUGGAAUUGAUGAGGUCAGGGAUAGACCCGUCCACAGCCUGCCAUACCUCCAUUUCCAGAAUCAAAAAACACUAUCCAGAUUUCUUUGGAGCAGUUAUUUGUGCCAAUACAACAGGUGGAUAUGGUGCUGCGUGUAACAAGCGUCCUGGCUUCACCUCCUUUCCCUUCAUGGUAUCCAAUCCUCACACCGGCGCUUCUCUACUGCAAACCGUGGACUGUUUUUAACCACUGCCUCAAUCACUCUAUGGAAAUCAAUUAUAUUAAUUGAAUUUGCACUA